AUGUUUCAGUGCCGUUCUGACUCUGCUGCAAUCCGACACGUUCAGGCAGCUACACAGAACUGCAACUCACCAACCAAGGGGGAGAGAGAGGUGCGUAAGUGGGAGGAUCCCGACUGCUCGUCCUUGAUCUGCCGGAGACUACCGCAGUAUCACGGCGGUUACAGCCAGCAGCGUGUGUGAGAGACGGCUUGCCAGCGUUGGUCUGUGAAGAGGGUAUGUAGGGUAGCUCGUGUGCUGGGGAACAAACAGCGAAUGCCACACCAAUCAAACGAUCUGAGAGCAAAUGGUCCCUCUUGCGGCCGCUAUGUUCUCCGUGUGAGUGCUUGUGAGAACUGCCGGCAAGGGGCAGAGGGGAGGGAGCAAGAG